AUAAAGAAUUUUACCCUGGAAGCUGCCGAGUUGCAAAUAAAACAUUCUUUUUUAAUCUAAUGUUAUAUUUUAGUCCCUAUUUAAAUAUGUUAGUUUUUGGAAUGUUUAAGUUUGAAAUUUAAAUCUAAGAGGUUUUAAAAUAAAAAUAUAACUGACGUGUUCCUAUGUGAAAACUAUUUAAAGCAGAAAAGAAGAUGGAUACAUUUCUUUCUGUGGGAUGAAUAUAAUUUUCAACAUGCUGUUGUUUGAUGUGUUUAAAGACUGAAAACUGCAGGAGUAGUUAAUUUUGAUGUGUUCAAUGAAUAGGCAAAAUUCAUCAGAUUUUUCAGUAUUUGACCUGCAGAUUCAGUUUGUACUUUUUUUAGUUUAUAUUUGCCCAGAAGCUGAAAUGAACAGAAGAACAAUCAAUAAAUCACGUGUGUGUUCAGCAUCAGCGACUCCCAAUAAACGAGCAGUCAACCGUCCGAAGCCAAAGAUGGGGUCAACGUCGGCCGUCAAGCUGCCGUCCAACCGGAGCGCGUCGGGAGCCAGGCGCAGGAGAACGCGCUGCCGGAAGUGCGAGGCGUGCCUCCGCACAGAAUGCGGAGAGUGCCACUUCUGCAAGGACAUGAAGAAGUUUGGGGGGCCGGGGCGCAUGAAGCAGUCCUGCAUCAUGAGGCAGUGCAUCGCGCCCGUCCUGCCCCACACAGCCGUGUGUGUGGUGUGUAAAGAGGCGGGGAAGGAGGACACGCUGGAGGACGAAGAGGAGAAGUUCAACUUCAUGCUAAUGGAGUGCUCCAUCUGCAACGAGAUCGUCCACCCCAACUGCCUCAAGGUGAGUGACGCUUCAGGUGUGGUGAAUGAUGAACUGCCUAACUGCUGGGAAUGUCCCAAAUGCAACCACGCAGGCAAAAGUGGAAAAGUAUUGAAGCAAAAAAGGGGCCCCGGGUUCAAGUACGCCUCCAACCUCCCCGGCUCUUUGCUGAGGGAACAGAAGCCCGCGAAGGAGGAGGGGGACCUUUCCUCUGCGACGAAGAGGAAGCCGGACAGAGACGAGACGCCAAGAUACAGAACCGAGGAGGCUCUCCAUCGGCAGCCGCCACUGCUGUCCCCCAGUGGCCUGCCGAGGCCCAGACCCGAGGACAAACUGAGGAAGAAGAGGAAGCUUUUCGAUGAUGAUGACGAAGAGGACCUCAAUGUGAGAAAGAAGGUUGGUGACAAGUCAGACGAUUCGUACAUUUCUAAACUUCUCCCCCAAGUCAAGACGGAAAAGGAGGAGGAAGAUGAUGAUGAUGAGGAAGGCGGAAGGGAGCAUCCUUUCCGCAGCGGCGUGGACAGGAAAGGGCGCUUCGGAGAGGCCGAAGAGGAAGCGGACUACAGAGACUCCAGAAACGACUCGUUGAAUUCUUCCAUCAAAACCCCACUUGGAGACAGCGACCACUCUCUCUGCAGCUCUCCGCAGGCCGGCCCCAGCAGCGAGGGCGGCAGCGAGACGCAGGAAAGGGGGCCCCGUCCGAAGGCUCGCCGUAAGCGGCGUCUGCCCAACAGGGAACUGAGCCGAGAACUGAGCAAAGCACUGAACCAGGAAAUCCAGAAGACUGAGGACUGCCUGGCCAACGAGAACAGGCAGCCGCUCAAGGUGGAGCCGGAGACGGAGAACGAGGAGCCAAAGAAGCUGUUCCGCAACGGUAACGAACUCAGCGACCAGAGGUCCCACCUCAAGACCAAAGAGAUGAACGGGAACACCUGGGAUUUGCGCCACUUUUACCCAAGUCCGAUCACUCCCCUGGGCUUCAACCGGAGCACCCCGACCACGCGGCCGGUGCCGCCGCGCUCCCCACCCAAGUGCGUCCAAAUGGAAAGGCACGUAAUCCGGCCGCCUCCGAUCAGCCCGCCUCCCGACAGACUGCCCCUGAAAGACGGGAAAGCACACAUCCUUCAGCGCGAAGUCUGGAUGAAGAUAUUCGGCUACCUGUCACACCAGGAGUUGUGUGUCUGCAUGAGAAUCUGCAAGACGUGGAACCGAUGGUGUUGUGACAAGAGACUUUGGACAAACAUCGAUUUAAACCGCUGCACCUCCAUCACACCACUCAUGCUCAGCGGGAUAAUCCGCAGGCAGCCGGUCUCCUUGGAUCUCAGCUGGACGAACAUUUCCAAAAAGCAGUUGAGCUGGCUCAUUAAUAGAUUACCAGGUCUGCGAGUGUUGAAGCUGUCUGGUUGUUCCUGGGCUGCUGUCUCUGCGCUCUGCACGUCCAGCUGCCCCCUGCUGCGCACGCUGGAUGUCCAGUGGGUGGAGGGACUCAAAGACGCACAGAUGAGGGAUCUCCUUUCACCUCCCACAGACAACAGACCAGGUCAGCUGGACAAUCGCUGCAAGCUGCGGAACGUGGAGGAACUGCGGCUGGCAGGGCUGGACAUCACCGACACGUCCUUGCGUCUCAUCAGCCGACAGAUGCCUCUUCUGUCCAGGUUAGACCUGAGUUACUGCAACCACAUCAACGACCAGUCUGUGAACCUGCUCACUGCAGCAGGAACUACAACCAGAGACUCACUCACAGAAAUCAACCUAUCAGUUUGUAACAGAGUCACAGAUCAUUCAUUGAACUAUUUCAAGCGCUGCGGCAGCAUCUGCCAGAUCGACCUUCGCUUCUGUAAGCAGGUGACCAAGACGGCCUGUGAGCACUUCAUUGCAGAGAUGUCUGUGAGCGUCCCGUUCAGACUGAAAGAGGACAAGCUGCUGCAGAAGAUAAGCUAGUUUCCAUCGGGACGAAAAACCCCCCCAACGUUUUCAGACUGUUUUUGCACUUAAACUACACGUCCUGUGAUAAGUCUCUGAAUCACUGUCGUCAUAGAAUACAAUGAGAGGGAAUUCAAUGGGAGGUGAUGUUCAUUGGACAGAAAAGGAGGAAAAAGGUUGCAUGUAUUUCUUUUUAUAUUUUUACUUUUAUAAACAUGUGGUUGUAUUUGAGUUAUUUUUAUUGGCUUUGUUUCAUUUUUGAACAGAUUUUUCUACAAGCAAAAUCUUUCAAGUUAUUUUCUCUUUCUGUUUCUCGAGCCCAAAUAUCAGACUCUUAUGUAAUUUUCAACAGAACAACUUGGCUUCCUUUUUUUUUUUUUUUUCUUCUCCUUUUUUUUUUUUUUCUCUUGUGUGCCAAAAUCUCUGUUUGACGUCGACGCUUCAGUAUACAGAUAAGAAAAACAUGCAUGUGCUGUGAUUUAAUUACCAUAGCUACGUUAAAUAGGUAAAUUUCAGAGAAGAGAAAGCGAUAAAUUUCAUAUUUCUGUUACACCCUUGGAUGUUUUACAAAAGACUUUUAACUGUGGGGCGUUUUGUUUAGGGGUUUUCAGCAAUCUCUCAAUAUUAAUUUAUUGAUUUAUAUUUUUAUUACAGUUUGUAUUUAUUUGUUUAUUCAGUGACUUGACAUAGGUGUCUUACAUAGUUGGUUCAAAUGAUGCGUGUGAAUAAUUUAUCAGGGUGGUUGGAGCUUGUCCCAGCCACCUGGUUUGUGUUUUGGUGCCCGAAAGUCAAUUAAAGCGAAUCUAACGAUGACUUUAAAGCAGGCAACCUCGCACAACUAUAUGGGCAACUAAUUAUGACCUCUGCAAGUAUUUGCAUACAUUUAAAAAUAUACUUCAUACAGUCGGUGUUGUAUUUUUGGGUGUUGUGCUGUAAAUUUAUCGCCUCAGGUGAAUGUGAUUAUGUUUAUACAUGUAAAUCAAAAAAGAAGUGCUAAUUUGCAUUAAAAGAACUUAAUUUGUAUCAUCAUGGAGACUUUUUGACUGAUAAAUGGCUUAAGCACA